UUUCAGUUGUUUUUUCUUUGCCGGUUUGGUAUUGUUAUUGAGCGGGAGACUGAAGAAAGCAAAAAGCUUCCGGUGAACUUCCGGUGACAGUCGAAAUGGAAGAUAAUUCUUCCAUUGACCUCCACGCCAUUCGCCGCGGAUUAAGAGAACUCGAAGAACAAAUUCAAACUAAUUUCUAUGAAGAUACUGAUUCACAUUCUGACCUACUUCUCAAAGAUUCCGCUCUUCAAAUUGAGAGCAAAGUGCAGCAGAUUAUUAAUGACUGUUCUGAUUUCAGCUUCUUAGGGAUUGAUGAUUUAAAUGUAUUUAUGAGCCAAUUAAAAGACGAGCUUGUUGCGACGGAGGCUGAGACUUCUAAGAUCUGUAAUGAAAUUGAGGCUCUUGCUAGAAACCAAGUGGAAGAUUAUAAUAGGUUGGAGGGUGAUAUUGAAUUAUUGAAGAGUUCAUUGGAUUUUAUAUCAGCAGAGGAUAUGGAGACAGAUGGACAGCAUGCUUGCAGAGAGGAUCUUUCUUCAGCACAUACAACUGAAGACUAUGGAUUUGAGAUUCUAAAGCUUGAUGAUGAGAUUGAGAAAAGCAAAAUAGUUUUGAAGUCCUUACACGAAUCCGAUUCCAUCUUUAAAAUGGUUGAUGCUGUAGAGCAGAUUGAAGAGGCAUUUUCGGGUCUAAAAGUCAUUGAAUUUGAUGGCAGUUAUAUUAGAUUGUCAUUGCAGACAUAUCUACCAAAAUUUGAAGAUUUAAUGUGCCAGCAUAAGAUUGAAGAUGCUGAGCCAUCUGAAGUAAUUCAUGAAUUUCUAAUAGAAGUAGUAAGUGAAAGUAUGGAGCUUAGGAAUGUUGAGAUGUUUCCAAAUGACAUCUACAUAGCUGAUAUUAUUGAUGCUGCUAAAUCCUUUAGACAACUAAUUUCAGAUUCAGCAAUAUUAGAGACUAGAUUUUCUCUGGCGUGGUUUCUAAGGACAGUGCAAGAUAGAAUUAUUCAAUGCACCUUGAGACGAUUGGUAGUGAAGAGUGCAAAUAAAUCAAGGCACUCCUUAGAGUAUUUGGAUAGAGAUGAGACAAUUGUAGCUCAUUUGGUUGGGGGAAUUGAUGCUUUUAUUAAGUUAUGCCAAGGUUGGCCCAUUUCAAGAUCUCCAGUGAAGUUGAUAACUCUUAAAAGCUUAGACCACCACACAAAGGAAAUUUCAUUAAGCUUUCUCUGCAGAGUUGAGGAAGCAGUGAACUCCUUGGAUAUAGACAUGCGAUUGAACUUGGUGAGCUUUGUGGAGGCCAUUGAAAAACUGCUUGUUGAACAAAUGCGCAAGGAACUGCAAUCUGAUUUGCAUUCUGUUGGCCCCUCAAAAGUAUGAAUACAGCUUCUUACACCCAUUCAUGGGCUACCGUUAGCAGUUGAGGUCUUUUCAACUUGGUGCUGUAUAUUUUUUCCGUCGUCUCCUUCUUUAUUAAUAGUUAGUCAUAAUUUAACAUAAGGAUAGCUCGAGCUGCACAUUUUUCAUUUUCUCUAUUUUAUUCCUCUUUUUUCCUUCUCCAGUGUGAGCCUAAUUUUGACGGUUCUUAUGAUUAAGUUGUUAUUUGAUGAGUUACCAUCUAAA